UGCGAGGAGCGCUGUUGCUGUGGUCUGGGAGGCAGAAGAGGCGUCGGCGACCCCCCGCUGCCGUCAUGUCGCAUAAACAGAUCUAUUAUUCGGAUAAAUACUUCGAUGAGAACUACGAAUAUCGGCACGUAAUGUUACCAAGAGAACUGUCAAAACAAGUACCAAAGACUCAUCUAAUGUCUGAGGAGGAAUGGCGAAGUCUUGGUGUACAGCAGAGUCUUGGCUGGGUCCACUAUAUGAUUCAUGAGCCAGAACCACACAUUCUCCUUUUUAGAAGACCACUUCCAAAAGGCCAGCAGAAAUGAAUAACUUCUAAAAACUACACAAAUCUUCUGGAACUUUAUGUAUAUGGAUGUAUAUAUGUUGGUAGUAUUCAGUGAAUACUUGAAAAAAUGUACAAAAUGUACUUGUGCAUGAGCUGCAUGAGCUGUAUUAUUCACAGCAACAGAGCUCAGUAAAAUGCAAACAAAGUAGGCUGCUAUGGUUUGUGCUGUUAAAUGCCUAUUUGAUUGUCCAUUGUGUUCAAUAAAGUUUACAAGUUACGUAUUUGUUGACUAGCUUCUCAAAUAGAUUCAAAGAUCUAGUGUUUUUAUUUCUGCAGCAGUUGGAGCAAUUAUUUAGCUUCUCAACUGUUGAAAUAGGCCUGAUGAAAUAAAUUUUUUUAAUACUAGAUAAUCUACUUUGUGUAUAUUUCAUGGAUUUCACCUGAAAAAAUGGCAUUAUAUAUUCUUGAUUGUUUGCAUGAUUAAAAACAAAAGUUUUGAAACUGGCAUGUAAAUCAGUUGUAACUGUUUGAAAAUGAGUAGUUCCUUAACUAGUUUAUGGAACUGUUGUAGAUUGAGAAGUAUAGAAAAUUAAAGAGGAGAAUGUAGUGAAUACAUAAUGGAAAAUUUUCAAAGGGUGAGAGCUACAAUAAACUCAACAUAUUAAAUUGUUUUUUAGCUGAUGCUAAUCCAAACCAUGUCUAUAAUG